CGUACAUAUUGUUCUCCCAUCUCCUGUAAAACAAAACAGCGUACCCUCUCAUUUUACAACCACAUGGUAGAGUAUCGUCAGAUUAUCUUAGUGUCAUUUCGUUGCAUCUACCUGGAACCGAACCUUCUGACUCUACAAAGCCCACCCUCAUAUCAUCAUACCAAGUUAAGUGUGUACUUUCUAGGAUCUCAAUGGGCACAGCAACUUCCUCAAGCUCCGGAAAUGAUACUUGGCCUCGCCUCGUAUUGUCAUAUGCAUGUUUAUAUUUGUAUAUCAUUGUGUUUUCGUUUCUUUUAAUUGUGAGGUAUCUGGCACACAGAAUAAUUAGAUGACACUAUGCCGGGCACAUUACUUGGAGUAUUUAAAGCCGUAGGCGACGGUUUCGACUUCAGUGUUUACGUUGGUCUGCUUGGGCUCAGACACUGCAUUGAACGUCGUUGCAAGAGCUGUUUUAUUCGGACGGUGCACUCAUUUCCAGCAUGAUGGCACCGUCCUACUGCACCAUUCUUAUAGCGUUGGCGGUCACAGUACUUACCGGACUGUGCUUCGCUCAUCCAGUCAGCAAUACACUUGUGCCAACAACAAGAACGUCCGUGCCUUGUGUAAGCGGCCCAAUGGGAAUGGAAAGCGGAGCCAUUGAGGACAGCGGAAUAACCGCGUCCUCUGUCUACAGCAUUUACUACCCACACACUGCUCGACUUAAUGUUGGCUCCGCUGGAUGGUUACCACCAACUCCAGCCAACCAAUGGAUUCAGGUCGAUCUCGGUAAAUAUGUUGCAAUCACUGGAGUUGUGAUACAGGGAUACUCCACAGGCUCCAACUACUACGUGACUACAUUCACAGUGCAGUACAGCGUAAGUGGCGGCUCAGAUUGGCAAGGAUUACUUGAUGCCGACGGAGACAUUAUUCGGUUUAGUGUAAGCAGUGGACGACCAACAAAUCUGACGUUCCCCGUGGUACUGAUGGCAAGGUAUCUUCGCAUAUUGCCUCAGACCUGGACUUCAGGAGGUUACUAUGUGAGAUUCGAAGUGCUCGGGUGUAUAGUAUCUGGUGGAUCGCUCUUGCUCGUUGACGGUGAGGACGCCCUCAGCGGCCGAGUGGAAAUCUACCACCAGUCCACAGCCACCUGGGGUGCCGUCUGUUCCAACGGCUGGGAUUUAAGCGACGCCCAUAUCGCCUGCCGCCAACACCACCGUUUCCUGGAGGCAGUUCAAGCUGGGGCGAGCUCGGCAGGGACUGACCUCCCGAUCGUCAUGAACCAAGUCGCCUGUAGAGGCACAGAGAAUCGCCUGGUGGACUGCCCGUUCAUUUGCAACGAAUAUCAGCAGUGUAACAGCUCGCGUGUCGCCACGGUGGUUUGCCUACCCAAAAUGAAUACUGUUCGCUUGGUGGGAGGUUCCAAUAACUCCAGCGGCCGCGUGGAGGUGUACCGUAACAACACCUGGGGAAGCAUUUGUGACAAUGACUGGGACAUCAACGACGCUGCUGUGGUCUGUCGCUUUCUGGGCUUCUCCGGAGCGCAGGCGGCCAAGUCCGGUGCUUACUUCGGUCAGGGCAGUGGUCCUGUCCACAUGGACGGUGUGGCGUGCACUGGAACAGAGGGCAGCUUCGGUGACUGCCCGUCUUCGUGCUGGGAGGAGCCCCAAUGCAGCCACAGUCAAGAUGCCGGUGUCAUCUGUGAAAGUGGAUAGAGACUGGUUCAUCUCUUCAGUGUUCGACCCCCUUGAAGUUUGCCUAUCUAUAGGGCAUGCUUCUGUCUCUGAUAUCAUACUUAGUAACAUUUUGUACGUUUAUAAUAUUGAUUGAAUAGAAUGCGGAUUUUAGUGUAAUCAUCAUUAAUGAAUACAGAGCUUCGAUUUUGAGCUAAAAUAUUUGUCAAAAUGUAAUUUUAACACUGGUUUCGGUUACAUGGAGGGCACUUAGUAUUUGAAGCCAACAUUGAUGUUGAAAAAUGAUGUGAUAUUUUUCAGUAUAGUUUGAUGAAUGAUAGAAAUACCAUGGUUAUAUGUAUGUUACUCAGAAACUGCUGAGAUUGGCCAACAUUCCUGCUCGUAAAGUUCGUACACAAACUUUUCCAAAACAUGCAACGAAAUUCCAGUUUCUCCUUUAGCCUACAGUGACUAGCAACAUCAUUUGCUAUAAAGAGUUGAAAAUUUUCUGAAAGUAACCACCUGUGGAAUUAACUAAGGAUUGGCUGCCUUCAGAAAUCAGGGCGCUGUUGGUUGCAGUUGUCGUUCCCUUACGCAUGGAUCCUUUCCUCGUUUCUUUUUUCUAAAUCCUUACGGCCAGAGACAAAAGUAUUAGAGCUGGCUGUUGAAUUCCAUCACCAGAAACAUAUGAUUUUCAAUUUAUAAUCGAGUUUUCAAACGCAGAACAUCAGUGCCAUUGUUUAUUCAUUUUUUCAACUGAAAAAAAGCUACAAGCUUGAAAAAUCGUGGUUUUUUUUUGCAAGUCUUAGUUUUGGCACUGUACAUUCGUACAUUGACCUUUUUUUUAUUUCAACCCUUCUUGUGUUGGCCCAAAUCGGGACUUUUUGACUAUCGUCUUAAAAAUAAAUGUAUUCAUAAUCAAAAUGCCCGCUGCAAAAGCGUAAACUUAGUCUUUUCCUUUCAACAAUAACUAUGAUUUACAAUCACAAUAUUGUAACAGAUAUAUAUUAUUUACAUUUAGCAGAGUUUUUGGCAUCAUUAUUCUAUCCAAAUCUCAUCCAAGUAUUUAUGUUUAUUUACAAUUUGUUCAUAAACAGCUCACGUUUUUCUGCAAUAGCUGAAAUCAUUUCCCCUAAUAACAAUCCUUUUAAUCGUGUGUUUACAUGUGUUAAAAAAUGUGUAAUACAUUACAGAGUAUUAGCAUGAAAACUGUUAUACUUUGCCUGAAAUAGUUUUUGAUCCAUGUGAAGGAAAAGAAUGGAAAUGCGGUUUUGUUUUUGAAUAGUCGCGACAAAACUGAGUCUGGUAUAUUCUCGAUCAGUCAUACCAUUUUGGAAGCCAAAUCCUUUGUUAAUUUUUCAGUACUCAACUCCCCAUAUCUGAAUUUUGCUAAGAGUCCACACUCCACUUCUCUGAGAAGUCACUAUAUGUAAAUAAAUUUCAACUUCGGCAGUAGAGGACGAGUUAACAAAUGCCUUGGCUGUGUUGUGGCAUUAUUAUCUCCGAGUCUUCAUCACUUAUACGUAGAUAAAUCUAAUUACAUCUUAAACAGGAAUCACGCAUGAAUAUGAAUUAAGAAAUAUUCACAACGGGCAUAAAUUACAACACGGAAUGAUUCUGUUGAUUGGCGGUAGAAUACUUAUAAAACAAAGGCUGGCAGUCAUUUUGAACUAAAAACAAGUGUCGGUAAUUCUUAAUGUUAAAGCUACAAGCAGCCAUCUUGGGAAAAAGAAAAUGUUUUCUUUUUCGAUUUCAAUAACAAACUGGACUAGCGAUAGGGGACGACUUUGUUCCCCACUUUGUUGCUGUUGUUGUUGGGUUUAGUUUUUCCUGUCUGUACUUUCAAAUAGUAAAUUGCCAUAAUUGUGCAUCUAUUUACUGUCAAUUUGCCUGACCUGAAGCUUGAAAGAGAUUUGGUAGGCCUUUGGUUUGAAAUUUGUAUGUGUGUAGUGAUGGGGUUGGUUGACAGGUGUUGUUAUACCGAUGGUCCUACUAGGCGGAUCUCAGGGGGGGGGGUUGAGGUGAUGUACCUCUGCAAGGGGACUUCCAGUAUAGAAGUUUGGCGGAUUCCUUCUUUAUUUUGGCACCUCAGGUAACCCAAGAAGAAAAAAACUGGAAAUAUAACAGUGACAAUAAAUUAGCAAGUCUUUGUUGCAUGUUACAACUGAAAUAAAAUAAAAUAAAGUAGUGUAGUCUAAAAUAAUCCCUAAUAGAUAUUGUCACAUGCCAAUAACUCACCCAACACCAACUUCAGUACAGACCAAAAUUAUAUCGGCCUAGCCCAUGCGCAUCUCAGGAUAGGAAUGAGCCCGAGAAUAAAAAAACAUGCUCCAGAUUUCAUCAUUCCUGUGAAUCCAUACUUAAGAACUUAAAUACACAAGUACUUCACCUAACAAUUCUUGAGACAAUGUUUUGGGAGCAAUAAAAUACGGCAACAAUAAACGUUAUUGUUCACUCUGUUCUCUAAACACAGCGCAGAUAGAGCUUCAACGCAAGAUCAAUAAAAUGUCAAAAGUCAUACAACAUAGCAAGAGAUGAAUAUAUGCGCUGUACAUGUACACAGAGACAGACAGUAGAUACUUGUUUACAUUUUAUAAUGUAAAUUUGAUCGAAAACAUAUAGGUCCUAAGCUGUUAACUUUGUUGAUACUGACUACGUAAUUGGAAUGUUAGCCAAGUUUAAUGAAACAUAAGUGAACUUGGUGAGCAGAAAUGCAGGUUCAAAUGCUCCAUUGCAGCGUGUAUGGUAGAUGAAAUGUUGGAAUGGGAUGUGAAACCUACUUCUAUUUUU